AUGAUCAUAAUUUAUAUAGAUAUCAUCUUACUAACUAUUCUGUUAUUACUAAUUAUAUUCACUUGCGGCUACUGUGCAUACCGCUUGUAUAGAUUACAGCGUAAUGGUCAAGUCACAAUAUUACUGAGGCCAACUAGAGUGUUGUUUUCACACAAAAGUGAGGGAGCGGCAAAUGAACAAUUACGAACGGUGGUAGCUUAUCAAAACCCCUUCACAGGAGACUACUGUGUACAUAAAAGUAGGGUGCCUAAAGGGUAUUUGAAUAACAUGGACUCCCCGAACUCACCAGACAGCGGGGUAUCUGACGCGUACGAGCACGUGAACUUGGUUCCUCAACCAAGAAGUACUGAUGGUACAGAGGGACACAUUAGCGGUCAGGUUCCUGAAACAGUCAAGGUUCCUAUCUCACCGAUCUACGAUAACAGCGUAAAUAAAACAUGGAAGUGGGAAUACACCGAGUAUCAAAUA